GAGCUCGUGGAGCGGCUGGCCCUCGCCGAGAGGACGCUGGAGGCCUUCGCGGGCGAUGCUGAGCUGGCCGACAGGCUCGCCGCGGUGGUGCCUGCGCUGGACGCGCUGGUCAACGGCGAGCAGCCCUCCUGGCUGGCGCGGCUCAGGAGGAACGUCGCGCUGCACGCCAAGGCGGGCGCCAUCAAGGGGCGCAUCGCAGGGGCGGCGGCGAACGAGCUCAGGAAGGCGCAGAAGCAGGAGCGCCUCGGGAAGCCCCCCUUCCUCAACCCCUCGGCGACGGAGGAGGUGCACGAGGACAAGGCGGGGGCCGCGCAGAAGCAGGGGCAUGCGGCUCAGCAGGUGCAGAGGAUGCUGCACGAGAGAGAGCUGCCCCAGGCAGCGCCCGAGGACGUCCUGGGCGCGAACUGGCUGGCGCCAGGCUGCUGGCAGCCAGGCGACCCCGAGCUGGAGGCGCGGGCCUUCGGAGAGGGAUUCGCAAGUGGCUGGCGGCUGGCGGCGCGGCGCGCGGAGGCCUCGGAGGGCCCCCCUGCGGCUGAGGCCACGCAGGUGGUGACCAUCUGGACUUGCUGUCUGGAGGCGGGGACGCGGCCCGAGAUGCACGGCAUCGGGAUCGAGCUGCGGCGCCUCCCCAAGGACAACCAGGCCCCGCCCGAGCCCACGGCGGCGAGUGACCACUCGAUAGAGUACGGCGUCCGCCUGGGCCCCACGCAGCGGCAGCAGGGCAUCGACGGCGAUGGCGAAGUGCUGCCGCUAGCGGCCGAAGGCGGGAGCGGCGGGCCGCAGCUCGAGGGCCCCGAGGGCGCUGCGGCCGCCCGCGCCCGCGACCUCGCCGAGCUCUACGCCGCUUCCAGGAGGAUGGCGCGGGAUGGCGCGGAGUGCGCGCCAAUGCGUUCGGCGGCCCAGCGUGCUGCGGGACGGCAGUGGGCUAAGUGGUCCGCCGACAACGCCGUGCGGCGGCUGACGGGCGAGUUGGGGAGGACUCGGGCCCGUCUGGAGGCCGCGGAGCAGGCCUUGGGCGCGGCCAUCGGGGAUGACGAGGUGGCCCACAGGCUGCAGGCGAUGCUCCCCGCGCUGCAGGCCACGCUGGGAGGGUGGACCCCAUCCUGGCUCGAGCGCCUGCGCCGCAACGUCGCCCUCCAUGCCGAGGCGCAGGGCGUGGACAUUGUGGCGGCCAGCGCGGCGGAGCUACGUUCUGCGCAGCGGGGGCCCCGGCUGGAGCGGCGCGCGGCGGCCGAUGGCGCGCUGAGGGCGGAUGCGCCUCCCUUCGCCCCCCUCGGCCCCAUCGGCGCUGGCGCGCCCGGCGGCGGCGUGCCCCGCGCGCCGCGCGACGCCAGCCAGCUGCUGGCGGACCUCAUCGCCUACGCCGCCCCCAUGCAGGAGGCGCUUCUCGGCGAGGGUUGUCAGCACGCGCAGACCGACGGCGUCGACGCGGAGCUGGAGGCCGCCGACGGCGGGAGCGGCGGGCCGCAGCUCGGUGGCCCCCAGGGCGCUGCGGCCGCCCGCGCCCGCGACCUAGCCGAGCUCCACGACGCCUUCGUGGAGGAGGUCUUCGCGUCGGCGAACGAGGCCUUCGGCGUCCAGGACGACCCGAACCAGCUGAUGGCUGAUCUGGCGGCGGAGCUCGGCGGCGAGGCCGACUCCAGGUACGCCGCCGCGGCGGAGCCCGGCCCUGGGACAGGUGGAUUCAGCCCACCGAAGUCGCAGUCCCAGGGUCGCGGCGAGUUCGUGAAGCCGCACGACGCGGAGCCCAUCGGGCUGUCCGAGGCUGCUGGUGGCGAGGUGCUGCCGCAGGCGUCCGUGGGCACGAACAGCAGUGUGGUUGCUGCAGAGGCCGUGGCUGAGCAGGACGCCUGCGCGGACCUCUCGGCGGAUGACCUGCGGGAGCGCCGCUCGGAGCCGAGCCCGACCGCGCCCGAGAAGGCCUCGGGCCAAUGGCGGUCGGCAUCGGACGAGCUCCGAGGCGCGACGUCAGCCCUCCUCAUGGACCUGGAGGCGCAGCUGGCGGCCGUGUGGGCGCGCGUGUAG